AUGUCUGCUCAGGAGUGCACUCUGUGUGCGGCUGGCACUUACUCACUGGGCAGCGGCCUGCGUUUCGAUGAGUGGGACGACAUCCCUCCUGGAUUCAGCAGCCUGGCAACCAACCAUGCUAACGCACCCAACGAACAGAAUGCGUCCACCUGCAGCAGGUCAGUUCCUUUGGAGAAGUCAGAGCACAGUGUGUGUUUCAGCGACUGUUCGUUCACAUACACUGACCAGAUUCGGACUCUUCAGUAUGACUUCAGUGCUCUGACCUCUGCUGGGUCCAUCAUGAACGGGCCCAGCUUCACUGCGAAAGGCACAAAGUACUACCACCUCUUCAAUAUCAGCCUGUGUGGAGCUGAGGGUCACAAGGCUGCAGUCUGCAGAGAUAAUGUCACAAACCUGCCCAAUGAGGACGCUGAAGGUGGUCAGCAGGGCAGUUCAGUGGAGGCUUUUCUCUGUCAAUCAACGAUUAUCCCAUCCGAUGGGCGGGGCUUAAGAACAGCUCUUUCCUCUCAGUCCAUUAGCCUGGCCGACACUUUUCAGGGAGCCACAGUGGAGAAAUCACUUAACGGAAUCACCGCCAGACCAGAACUAUUUCCAUCUGCAUCCAAGAGAAUCCCAGAUGUCCACUUCUUCUAUCGAUCUUCACAGGUCACAACCUCAUGUCAGAGAGGCAGGAAUGCAGUGGUGUCACUGCGCUGUAACCCAGAGAAAACAGCGAAGGGAGACAUAUCUGUACCCAGUGAGUGUCCUGCAGGGACCUGUGACGGCUGCACGUUUCACUUCCUGUGGGAGAGCUCUAGUGCGUGUCCACGCUGCGCUGCUGUCGACUACCACGCCAUUGAAGGAGCCUGUAAGGCAGGAGUGCAGGACACAGUGUUUGUAUGGACUGAACCUCGGCUGUGUACUGGAGGACUGACUCUCCCGCUGAAGAGAACGUCUCCAUGCGAGGCGAUUGAUUUCUGGCUGAAGGUGGGCGCUGGGCUUGCAGUGAUCUCUGCUAUUCUGCUCGUCUCCCUGACCUGCUACUUCUGGAAGAAGAACAAAAAGCUAGAGUUUAAGUAUUCCAAACUUGUGAUGUCAGCCAAUAAAGAGUGCGAGUUGCCGGCAGCGGACAGCUGUGCCAUUAUGGAAGGAGAAGGAGAGGAGAAUGAGGAUGAAGAAGUGGUUUAUGCCAACAAGUCUUCUCUUCUGGCUAAGCUGAAGGCUGUCGCUACCAAGGGCAACAAGAAGAGCGGUGAAGCCGUCCAACUGCAAUUCUCCAAUACAGAGAAGUCUGUGUGGGGAUAGAAGAAGAGCAAAGAGGGAUACGGAAAAGGAAAGGGAAGAAUGGAAGUCCCUUUCUGUUCGAUAUCACAUGCAGUGGCCUUAAGAAAACAAGGGCACAAGUGUCCCGAAGGAAAGGAAUAUGGGUUAAAAAAGCCUGCAGGUACAUGGAUGGAUUUGCUUAUAUGAAUAUUUCUCUCUUGAUUUGUCACUAUGCAGUUGUGUAUGUGUGUGUUUUCCAUUUGUAAAUGCAUGGAAAUUCCCUUCCUCUGCAAUGCCUGGGUUUCUCCAGAAGCUUUUUGGAGCGACAGCCGUGACUUUACACGAGUCCUUGCUUGUCAGAGCGAAUGUAGCCAAGGGUCAGAGUGAACACACAAAUACACUCAGACUUUAAGCUUUACUGACAGACACUUCCAAUCCCAGCUAAACAGCACUGGAAAGCCAUGUAAAGUGUGCUGUGUUCAAGUGCAGCCAAAAUAGGCUGUGUGUUUUUUUUAGUUAAGUAACCUAUUUGACUAUGACGGUGACAUUCCAAAUGAAAUAUGACAUGAAUAAAGAGAUUACAGCAAAGCAGGCGCCAUUUCUGUACAGCUAUUUUUAUGAUUUUUCGACAUACCUCUGUGUCAUUCUGGCUUACAGUACCAAGACAAACACAGGGGAUUUCAUGGGGAAAGUAUUCCUGCAGAACAGUGACUGCAGACUGAGGUGGUGAAACAUGUGCAGUCUAAUUAAGGAACUUAAUGAACUGCCGCUGGGGUUUUAUUCAUGAAAUUUUAAGACGCAUCGACAUGAAAUCUGGGGAAAUGAUCUGCUGAGAACCAUAUUGAUUCUGGAUUGAGGUAUAAACCUACAGUUUACUGUCCUGCUGGGAUUUAGUUGUUUUGUUUGGUCCACUACUGCUCUGAAGCGUUAGAUAUGCUGUAGGCAAUAUUAUUUAUGAGUAAUUAAUUGUGUGUGUGUGUGUGUUUACAGUGAAAUGAACCUGUAACUGUGUCCAACUGAUGUCAGUUCUUGAUAUAGCCUAAUUUGUUUUUGAUAUUGUGUAUAAUAAAUGAUUGUUUGCACUCUCAAAUGUGUAAAACUGAAGAACUUCAUAAACCAACCAAUAUGGUGUAUUUCAGUAA